GCAGCGGCCUGCAAGCAUGCAGCACGAGGCGGAUUCCAGUGGGCUUGGUGGGCUGUGCCUCCAGGCCACGUUUCUUGGAGGCGGAGUCAUAAUGGCAGACGGUGAGCUCUCUGUCCCCCCUGAGCAGUUCACCCAAAUCAAAGAACCAGAGUUGAUACCAGACAGGGCCCUGGAGGAGGAGGAAGACGAGGAAAAUCACGGGGUGUGCCAAGUAAAGGAACAGUCUGACUCUGCGGGUUUGGAGGUGGAGAGUGUUCAGGGGUCCCUCCAGACCACGAUCCUGGAGGAGGUGCCAGAGCUGGUGCUGACUGCCCCGGAGGAGAGCGAGACGCACAUCCUGACCCUGCAGACCGUGCACUUCCCCUCGGAAGAGGCUGAACUGCAGGACCUCAGCUGGCUGGAUCCCCAGCAGGAGGGCGAGAUGCAGGUAAUGGUGCACCAGGCUGAUAGUGGGGUGCAGUCGCUGGUGUGGUUCGGGGAGGUGGCCCAGCAGAGCCUGCACCAAUGUGUCCUCAAUGUCCAGGAGGAGGUAUACUCGCUGCAGGAGAUAGAGGUGAUGCAGUUUCAGCUUCUGGAGGAGACUGUGACCAGGGCCGGUGAAGACUGUAAGACUGCAGUGAGCCUGGAAGAAAGCACUGGAUCCAUAAAGUUCCAGAAAGGUCAGGAAGAGGAGCAGCUGCUCGCUGAAGGUGGAUUCAGUGAAAAUACAGAAGAGCAGUUUUUUCUUGUGGAAGCAAGGCCAGGAGAUGAAGGAAGAGAUGAAAUCGUUCUGACAUUUUCAAACUUAAAUAUGGAAGAACAAAAAGAGAAACCUGAACUGGAUCAAGCACACCUUGAAAAACCCAGCACUACGAAAAAUCAAAAAAAGGCAAAGGAAGUAAAACAAACCUUCCACUGCAACUUGUGCAAGUUCACCUCUUCUAGAAUUUCCAGUUUCAAUCGUCACAUGAAAACUCACAGCACUGAGAAGCCCCACGUGUGUCACCUUUGUCUGAAAGCUUUCCGUACAGCUACGCUCCUUCGGAACCAUGUCAACACCCAUACAGGAACCAGGCCCCACAAGUGUGGUGAUUGUGACAUGGCAUUUGUCACCAGUGGAGAACUCCUCCGGCACAGACGUUAUAAACACACUCACGAGAAACCCUUUAAAUGUUCCGUGUGCAAGUACGCUAGUGUAGAAGCGAGCAAGUUGAAGCGCCACAUCCGCUCGCACACGGGUGAGCGCCCGUUUCAGUGCUCCCUCUGCAGCUAUGCCAGCAAGGACACCUACAAGCUGAAGCGGCACAUGAGAACACAUUCAGGUGAGAAGCCCUACGAAUGCCACAUCUGCCAUGCCCGCUUCACCCAGAGCGGGACCAUGAAGAUGCACAUCGAGCAGAAGCACAGCGAGAAUGUCCCCAAGUACCAGUGCCCACACUGCACCACCGUCAUCGCCAGAAAGAGCGACCUGCGUGUCCAUUUGCGCAACCUGCACACAUACAAGACUGCAGAGAUGAAGUGCCGUUACUGCCCUGCUGUCUUCCACGAUCGCUACAAUCUCAUCCAGCACCAGAAAACUCACAAAAAUGAGAAGAGAUUCAAGUGUGACUACUGCAGCUAUGCCUGCAAGCAGGAACGUCAUAUGACAGUUCACAUACGUACCCAUACCGGAGAGAAGCCAUUUGUCUGUCUCUCCUGCAAUAAAUGUUUCCGACAGCAGCAGCUUCUAAAUGCGCACUUCAAGAAAUACCACGAUGCCAAUUUCGUCCCGACUGUUUAUGAAUGCCCCAAGUGUGGCAAAGGUUUUUCCCGCUGGAGCAACAUGCACAGACACUCGGAAAAAUGUAACUCCGGGCAGGAAAAGCCUGCCACCGUGGAAGAAGAAAGAACAAUGAAGAAGCCCGCCAACCCAAGAGAGCCAGCCAAGGAAGACGAAGCCACAGCCGAGGAGGUAUCCCUGGUGAGUGGAGAGCUGUACCCAGAAGAGACGGUGCCCAUUGAUUUCCUCGAAGCCAAGACCGAAGGCGAGGACCUGGAGGAAGACCUGGCCUGUGACAUGAUCCUGGCCUUGAUGGAUAAGUGAUAGGAGGCAGGGUUCAGUCUCACAGCCACGGAAUUCUUAAAUAGAGUUACAAGGUUUUAGCACUGUGUUUGAAACAAUUGAAUUCAUCAUAGCGAAUUAUCAUAGUUUUUUCUAUAGCUUGUGGUAGUGCCUAAAAUUCUUUGCCUAUUUUCAACUGGAUGUUGCAAAACAUUGCAGAUAUUGGAUGAAGGGCCCAAAUCCUGAAUUGGAGGAUAAAACCUCAACCUAUGAAUUCGUUUGCUUGAUGCAGACAACAUGGCCCAUGAUGAACGAGCAGUUAUUUUUGGAUAAGAGUUAUUUCCAUCGUAGUAUUGACUAUUUAGUGUUUCAGCAAAUAGUUUCAAACAUGGGAAACUAUAGGUUACAUUGGACACACCCAUGAUAUUUCUGAUAUUAUAAGUUUUAACACUAAAGACUACUUUUGUGUCCGUUUUUUAAUAUAAAUAAAUUUCCAUAAAAUUUAAGGCUAAAUUUAAAAUGUAAUGAUUUUAGUUAGUUUUAAGUUCAACAUGAAAUAUCUUAAUGUUAUUUUAAAAACUGAAUAGAAAUAAGAAACUUUAAACUGGAAAAUGAUGAGUAAAUUUUUUACUUUAGUUGAUGAGCAAGACUCGAUUUUAGAUUUUGUAUUCUUUCUUCAUGUCAUUAUUUGGCAUGUAUGAAACCCCUCCCCCCAUUACAUUCCAUUAUUGCUUAUUAAUUACUAGAUCAAUUGGUCACCCUUUUGUUUUGCUAAAACACCUUUGUUUAUAUUUUUUAAAUAAUUGGCAGAGAAAAAACAUAAAUACCCAAUAAUGCGAAUGUGUACCUGUAAAGAAUUUGUACUUUUUUAGAGCUCCCUAUAAUGAAUAUUUCUCUUUUGCCAAUUGAGUUUUCCCACAUUUGAGCAGCACAUGAAAUGCCUCUUUUACUUAAAAUUAACUAGUACCUAUCUUUAUAGUGAGGGUUUCCCAUGUGCCUCAGGGUAGAGAACCUGCCUGCAAAUGCAGGAGACUCGGGUUCAAUCCCUGGGUGGAAAGAGCUCCUGGAGGAGGAAAUGGCAACCCACUCCAGUAUUCUUGCCUGGAGAAUCCCAUGGACAGAGGAGUCUGGUGGGCUACAGUCCAUGGGGUUGCAAAAGAGUCAGACAUGACAGCAACUAAACAUUUAUACUGAGUCAUGUUUUUCUUCUUAGCUCAGCAACUGCUUUUGCUGUGAACUCUUCCCCCCACCCCAUAUUUUAAAAUCAUUUAUAGGCCCUAAAUUCUUGUUUUUAGCUUCAUUGAGAUGUAAUUGACAAAAUUGUAAGGUUUUUAAAGUGUACCUUGUGAUGACUUGAUUAACAAUUUGAUGUACCCAUACAUUGUAAAAGAAUUUCUUCCAUCUCAUUAACUAAAUUCAAAUUCUUAAAGUGCUGAUCUGCCCAAAUUCAGAAGGCCCAUGUAAGGUGAACAUAUGGAAGCAAUUUCCUAGCAGGAAAGACAGUAUAUUCAUUUUAUGACAGUGAAUUAAUUGAAAUCACACAAUAAGACUUAAGUCGCAUGCUCUGCUGUAUGCUACAAUUGGAUCUAUUUGAA